UUUCCAAAAUUAAAAGUUUCAAAUAUCUUUUUGUUUUUAUUAUUUUAAUUUAAUGAAAAGAGGAGUAAGUAGUUUUUGAUUGUCGAAACAUAAAAAAGGUAGUUUAAAAAUUGUGUACCGCAAAAGAUAUCGUAUCUGAUCAUCCUGGUCGUUCUCCACGCGAAUUUGACUUUUUCAUUGCAAUUUACAACUGUACUCUUUAAAACUUAAUCACACGCUAAACCAUACCAUUUCCGAACUUGUAGGACUUUCAGAUAAUUACGGGAAUCAAUCUCACUGUAAAAGCAACAAUAAAACUCCUCCCAACAACAACAACUUCAAAUUCAAAUUCAAAUCCAUCUUGAUCGUGUGAAAUUGUAUUGUGAUUACUGAUUACUCCUCCAUGUUCGUACCAAAAGAAGAUGAAGUUCUGCAAAAAAUAUCAGAAGUAUAUGCGAGAUCAUGAGCAGGAGCAGAACAAGCUCCCUGCCGUUGGAUUCAAAAACCUCAAAAAAAUCAUCAAAAAAUGUAGACGAUCUUCUCAAUUGCACAAAAACUGCCCCGAUCAAUGCCCAGUGUGUGAUGGGACCUUUUUCCCUUCGCUUCACAAUGAAAUGUCAGAAAUAGUGGGAUGCUUUAAUCAGCGUGCACAGAAAUUGCUGGAAAAACAUCUUGCAUCUGGAUUCAGAAAGUACAUUCUCAUGUUGAAAGGAAAAUCAAAAGGAAAUCAUACUACUUUAAUUCAUGAAGGCGGAGAUCUAGUUACCUAUGCACUGAUAAACGCUGUUGCAAUUCGCAAAAUACUAAAGAAAUAUGAUAAGAUUCAUUAUUCCAAGCAAGGGCAAUUAUUCAAGUCACAAGCUCAGACUAUGCACAAGGAAAUUCUUCAGAGUCCUUGGCUUAUUGAGCUUAUGGCAUUACAUAUCAACUUAAGGGAAACUAAAGUCAACAACUUACGGGAAACUGAAGACAACUCAAGGAAGGCACCUGCAUUAUUUCAGGAAGAUAAACCAUCACUUGUUUGUGAGCCCUUUGAUUCUAUCAAAGUAGACAUUGACUUGACAUGCUCUAUAUGCUUGGACACCGUGUUUGAUCCAGUUUCUCUAACUUGUGGCCACAUAUUCUGCUACAGUUGUGCUUGCUCAGCUGCCUCUGUUAGUAUUGUUGAUGGACUUAAGGCAGCACAUUCAAAAAAGAAAUGUCCUCUAUGCCGAGAGGCAGGGGUUUACAAAGGUGCUGUGCACUUGGACGAAUUAAAUAUUCUGUUAGGACGAAGAUGCAAGGACUAUUGGGAGGAAAGGCUUCAGAUGGAAAGGGUGGAGAGGGUCAAGCAAGCAAAGGAGCACUGGGAAACACAGUGUAGUGCGUUCAUGGGCAUCUAAGUAGAAUAACUUCUACCAACAUAGUGUGACACAAGUGGCAGAUACUUGGGACCUUAGCUAUUCGAUCCUCGGCCGGUGCAUAUGGAAAAACAUUUGUUGAAAGAGGUCAACCUCUUGGAUGGAUCUCAGUUACCGCGAGGGGAUUAGUCUCCGCGGAGGAUACCUUUGGUUUACAAAAAAAAAUGUAGAAUAACUUCUCACGGAUUCAAUGGUGUAGUUGUAGGAUGAAACAUCAGUAUCCAUUUUAUACUUUGGCUUUUAUGAAAAUGUUUGAAGAAAGAAAAAUUUAUACUUUGGCUUUUAUGAAAAUGUUUGAAGAAAGAAAAAUUUAUACUUUGGCUUAUGUAUCUACUAAAGGACAUUUAUUUGCUUUUAUAUAAAUAAAGUAUCACACUA